GUAACUCAUUUAUUUCAAAAAGUAUUUGAUAUAUCUAUUAGCUGUCUUUCAACUGCAAAACAACCUGAACGAGAAAGAUAUGAAAUGAUUAGUAAAAAUUACUUUGCUGUUCGUUUUAAUUGUAAACCACUAUCAGAAACAAAAGAUUGGAUAAUUAGUAAACUAGCACGAACCAUCUUUCGAAAGGGAUUAAUUAAGAAAAACAAAAUUUUUCAGCUUGGAACUUUCCUGAUUCAAAAAUUGUUAUCUGGCAACUAUCAAGUUGUUAAGCCACUACAUGUAUCUCAAGAUUGGUUAGAAAUAGAACUUUUAAAUUUAGAUAUUGAUGAAAGUAAUGAGUCAGAUAUAGAUAAGAUGAAUGAUACUAAACUUUCUAUUACCUCAGCAACCAUAGCAGUACAACUAAAAGACAAAAGCAUUACUAUUGAUCAUAGAAAUCAAAAGAAUUUUCAAGAGGCAAAAUUAUUCUGCAUAUCAAAAGCUACUUCAUAUUUAGGUUCUAUGUCAAACAUGAAAUUAACAUCUAGUCAAAAAGACUAUAAAAAGCCAAAUCAAGAAGUUAAAACUAAUAAAAUAAAAUAA